AUGCUUCUGGACCGGCGUCUGGAUCCGAAGUAGGCGAGAGGGAUGGUGGCGCAUCUCCAGCUGGUGGGGGGUGGGGGUCUGCAGCGGCUCCCAUGUUCUCCGGACGGGAAUGUAGGUCAGGUUGGUGAAAGGCCUCCGGAUUAGAGGCUGCAGCUGCUGCUUCCUUGGAGGGCUGGAGCGGCAGACUGUGAGGGGGGGGGGAGAACUUCAUUUGGGGGCUCCUUGAAUGGCAGGAAUAAGCUGCUCACUGCCAAACACCAGCUCCUCUCCCUGCUGCCUCAGUUCCUCAUUCUACCUGAAGGAAGUUGGCCUGAGGCAAGGACAGCAGAAGGGGAAUUCGGCUGAGCAGGGGCUGACCCACUUCUGCCCCUGCUUCGCUUUCAGGCCCUGGUUCCCCUCUGAGCGGCUCCCUCUGGUUGGCUGCCCCACAGGAUCCUGUGGCAACCCCAGCAAGCCCAGGUGCUUCCUUUCCAGGUGUCCGCUCAGUGCAGCUGCUCUGCCUUGGCAGACGGAAGGAAGAGAAGCGUCACUUGGGGGGCAUUUCCAGGCAGAAGCCGAGUGGGUCAGCCUGUGGGUUCAGGGAGAGAACAGAGCCAGGAUGAGACAGGCAGGAUGUUUGACACCUGGGGUGGACAGGUGUAGAACCCACCUUAUAUCUGUGGGGGUUUUAAACUGCUUCUAACAUGGCAUUUUAAUUGUCGUAAACCGCCCUGGGACCUUAGGGUGAAGGGCGGGUAACUUAUCAUACCUAUUGCUGUAUACCACCCCAAUCUCAAGAGUGCCGGAUCCCAGUGGUUCCUUUUGGAAACCCCAAUGAUGGAGGGAUUCAUUGCAUCGGCACUCCAAGGGGGUUUUGCUUCUCCCAUGGGCACAGCCUUGGAUCCAGACAGACACUAGACAUUGUUCUCUGUUUGCUGCUUUGCAUCUCAGUCACACAACUCCUAAUUCUAGCCUCUCUAAGCUCUGGCUUUAUCUGUUUAGGGAAAGGCACCACUCAUUUGCCGUCUUGCACCAAGUCUUUUUGAUCCUUUGUGUCUUAAUGGCCCUUCAACCAGGCUAUUUCCUGGACAUGGGAAGCUUAGCCUAGCUUAAUUAGCUCUUAAAAUUUGCUGAUUCCAGGGGAUUAGAAAUGUCUAGCACCCAACAAAUACAAAUACAAAUGUAUUUGUUGGAUCCGGGAAGGGAUAAAAUUUAAAAAUACAGAUCAAUUAGAUUUGGAAGGUUAUGACAAUAGAUUUGGCUAGCAUGCAUACUUAUGGUACGAAAAGGCAAGAGUACAUCAAAGUUUUCAAAAUCAUAUUAUAAAAAAAGCAAUAUUUAAAGUUUGGGAGAAGUAUAAAGGAAUACUAGAACAAAAAACACCAUGGUGGCUUUCUCCACUAGAGGCAAUAUGGGGGGGGGAAUAAAUAUGGGCUACGUACAGAGAGUUAAUAGAAUCAGAAAGUCAAUUAAAAUUGAAAGAAUUUAACAAAGUUAGAGAGAAUGUAACAGAUUGGUUACAAUAUUUACAGUUAAAUGAAAUAUUUAAGAAUCAUAAAAAGAUAGGAUUUUUGCACAAAAUUUCAAUUUUUCAGAGAUAAAGAAUAGAAAAUGAUAUAAAGUUAAUAUCAAAAAUGUACAAUCUGCUGCUAGAAUGGAAAACGAAAGAUGAAGAGGUUAAAUCAGUUAUGAUUAAUUGGGCACAAGAUGUGGGACACAAUAUUCAGAUGGAGGAAUGGGAAAAAUUAUGGAAGAAUUAGUUUAAAUUUACAGCAUGUGUGGCGAUUAAAGAAAAUUAUAUGAAAAUGAUGUAUAGAUGGUACUUAACUAGCAAAAAUGUAUAAAACUAAGGAAAGCAAGUGUUGGAAAUGUAAAAUAACAAAAGGGACUUAUUUCCCCAAGUGGUGGGAUUGUAAAAUUAUAAAGAAAUAUUGGGAAAUGAUUUAUAAUGAACUGAAGAAGAUGUUUAAAAUAAACUUUGUUUUAAAAAAAUCCAGAAGCUUUCCUACUAGAUAUUACAGAAGUGGACUUACCAAAAGCACAAAAUUAUUUAUUUAUGUAUGCAACUACCGCCACACGGACAUUACUAGCACAACUUUGGAAAGAAGAAGGUGCCCUAACCAAAGAAGAUUGGCAAGUUAAAUGGCAAAACUGACAAUGAAACUAAAACAGAGACGACAAUGAAUUUAAGGAAGAAUGGAAGAUGUUUAUUGCAUAUAUACAGAAGCAUUGUACACAGGUUAAUACAUUAGCAGGGUUUUAAAAGUACUUGUAAUUUCAGAAUGAAUGAACAAUAGUGAUGAAGAAGAAGAGAAGAAGAGUUUGGAUUUGAUAUCCCGCCUUUCACUCCCUUUAAGGAGUCUCAAAGCGGCCAACAUUCUCCUUUCCCUUCCUCCCCCACAACAAACACUCUGUGAGGUGAGUGGGGCUGAGAGACUUCAGAGAAGUGUGACUGGCCCAAGGUCACCCAGCAGCUGCAGGUGGAGGAUCAGGGAAGCGAACCCAGUUCACCAGAUUACGAGACCACCGCUCUUAACCACUACACCACACUGGCUCUCAAUUUAAAUAAAUUUAAAUAAAUUAUAAAUUUAAUAAUGGACAUGCAGUAUAUCGACAAAUAAUGGAACUAGGGAAGGGACUAGAGGGAAAUCAAUUUGUUGUUUUUUAUUGUGUGUUGUUGUUGUUGUUGUUAGGAAAACCAAUAAAAUAUUAUUUUUAAAAGAAAUGUCUAUCACUCAGCUUAAUACACAUGGGUCUAGUAUCCAGUUUCAACACUCCAAGCAUUGAUUACAUUCUAACACCUACUAGACCCAGGAAUUUAGGGAGUCUGUGAACCACAAACACUUCAUAAUCUGGGGCCCAAUGUGGGGGCGGUAUCCAGGAACCCAGAGAAGAAUCGAGUGCCAGUUGGCACUAGAUCCAGGUUCCCUGCUUUGGCAUUAAGUCUGACAACUCUUCAAAAUCAUUGGGGGGGGUUUAAUUGCGUGUAAGAAAUCUAUUAAAAAUCCUUUUGAAAGCAGCAGCGCUCUCCAUGACUGGCCCUCAGUGACUGGGUGCCUUUUGGUGUCCAGGGUGGGGUUUGUUUCCUGGGGGGCACUUAUGAGAGAACAGCCGAUCUGCCGCCUGAGGCCCUCUUUGCUUGGGGUCCUGGAAGGAAGAGCAGCAAAAGAGGCUUGAGCCCAGGAGUCAGCCUCUUCUCUUUUGGCCUUAGGCCGAGGGCAGGUCAAAGGCCAGCUCAAGCAGGUGGGUGGCACCCGCCCAGGUGGGCCUCUUGCUUGGGGUUCAGCUUGGGGUGGGGGAAGUGGGGCUCCCCCAGAGUUGGGGUCCCCCUGCCUCCUGCCCAGAGUCACCCCAGGCAGAAAAGGGAUAUGGGGUCUCUCAGGCAGAGGACCCCCUCCUUGGAGGUGCCCCCCCAGCUGACCCUUCCUCUGCCCCCAGGGUGGUUAUUACCGUAUUUACUCAAAUGUCAUGCACACCUUUUUUGUCCAAAUUACCAUACUUUUUCUUGUAUAAGACGAGGUUUUUUACUCAAAAAUAAGGUUACAAAAUGGGACUUGUCUUACACACAGGCGGUGCAUUGUGGGGCCAGGCGAUUGGUUGCAGCCGCGAGGUGCAGCUUGUCAUUGGGGGCCUUCUUGGUGGUGGCACCCGCCCUGUGGAACACCCUCCCACCAGACGUCAAAGGAAAAAACAACUGCCAGACUUUUAGGAGGCAUCUGAGGGCAGCCCUGUUUAGGGAAGUUUUUAAUAUCUGAAGGACUCUUGUAUUUUAAUAUUUUGUUGGAAACCCAGCCAGAUAGGCGGGGUAUAAAUUUAUUAUUAUUAUUAGUGAUUUGGUGGGUGAUGGUUGGCUGCUGUGGCAAGGGCUGCCGUGGGUUGGCUGUUGCUGCCACAAUCGGGAGUUCGAUAUCCGGCUGCUGUUGGCGAGCGGCAAGACGCUUCCUGUGUUCGGCGUCACGAGCGAAUCUGAGCGUUUUCCAUUCUGGUUAGCGAUUUUCUGCAGUCCCCCCCCCCCCAAGAAGCUCAAGAAAUCUUGGCAACCCCCCCCAACAACUAUGGGCUAUCUCCCCCCAUUUCCUUUAAUUUGAGUCCCCCAAAAUAAGGGGUGUCUUAUACAAGGGGGUGUUAUCCACGGAAAAAUACGGUAUUAGGGUGUGCAUUUAGAUUUGCGUAAAUACGGUCUUCUUAUUCUUUUCAUUUGUUCAAGGUAUCAAGAAAGCGCAGGCAUAAAACACCCCAGACUAAGAUAAGAAGCAGCGUAAAGGGACAGACAGCCUAGAUGGCAGCUGCAGGCCCAGGAGCCUGACUGGGGAGGAGGAGGAGGCCCAGAUGGAGGCCCAGACCAGCCUGGGGCCUUGCCUGCCCUCCUGCCCCUGCUCCCUCAGGACCGGCAGGCCCAGAGCCGCCCCUUCGGGGAGGGGGCACCCCCGGGGCAGCAAGAGGACAAGGCCCUGCCCUGAAGGGGGGCAGCUGGAGCCGCAACUCCCCGCCCAGGUCUCCUGCCUCGUCUGGGGACCCCUCAUGGGGGAAUCUGGGCUGGGGGUGGAGGGGCUGAGGGGGGCUGGACCUUGGGGCAGAGCAGGGAGAAGCCGCUUUGUCAUCCCCCCCAUGUCUGCCCCCCCCCGUAGACACAGUGGCCUGGCCCCCAGCCCUCAGGCAGUGAAGGCCACCUCAGCCCCCCUGCACCUGGGGGGUGAGAAAGUCCUCCCCUCCCCUGGGGAAGCCACUGGCCUGGUCUAGUCAGGCACCAUCUCCUGAAUGUCUGGUGGGGGCACUCCAGGAGCCCCCUUUGCCUGGGCUGGGACUGGCCUUGGUGGCCUUUGCCUGCCCACCUCUGACUCGCUCUCUCCUCUCUUGUCUCCAUUCCAGGUCUGCUUUGGGCUGAGAGGCUUUUCCUUCGUGUAACAGGUAGGAAGUGUGAUAGGAAUUUUAUGGUCUUAGAUAUAUGGUAAUGUUCAUAAGUGUACCAACCAAGCACAUACAUAGAUCAGCACAGGAAGACCGACCUGAAGCCAUUUUGAUUCCUAAACUGAGCAAAUGUUUCCUCUGCAAGGUCAAAUUGGAAAAGCCCCCCCAUUGUCUUUUCCUUCACAAAUCCUGUUUUAAGGGUAUGUCUGUGUUUGAAUAAGGGUGUGAGCCUGUGACCUGGCUCAGGAACUAAGUAUUUAUCAUUACAAAAGAAUGCCCAGGCUACCCAGGAAAUCCAAUCAAGUAACCUGCCAAACAGGAGAUAAAUAAGGACAGGAGAAAAACAAUAUUGAAAUUUCUGUUUUAAGACCACCUUUUCUGUGAUGUAUGUCUGAUGUUCCAGGGGGUGGUCUUGAUCUACAGGAUGGGAAUUUCAAAAGUCUUUAUAAGGCCUUGCAGGCCAUUUUUCUGGGUCCUCCUCCUUUCCUGCAUGUGAGGGAGCACCCUGUUGCGACAGAUAAAUAAAGAUCAAGCUUACUAGCUGCUUUGCUUCUCAAUAUUCUCUGGUUGGCCUCUGUUAAUUUCUCCUACCAAUAGGGAACCCACGUAAGGACUCUAUAUGGGCUCUUGGAUACCCCAUAAGGGAAAAGGGCAUAUUUAUAUUUACAACAGAUGAUGGGGGACUUCUGCGCACGUGGGGAAGGCAGGUUGGAGGGAAGUUUCCCCCGUCUGGGGCCAAAAUGGGAGCCACUGGCAUCAUGUGAGAAGCCCCCUUUUUCUGUGAACAAUGCCCCUCUUUCCUGGCUGACCAGACUCUUCUUGCAGCUGGAGGCUCCAUCUACUUGCUGAUUAACAAAGAAGCAGAUAUGCCGGAAUUUGGCAGCAGCCCUUCCGCUUUGCACCCGGGGCGCGUUACAUCAGAAACCGUCAGUGUGGGGUAGAGCUGGGAGACAGGGUGCAGAUGCCCACUCAGCUAUGAGCCUUGGGGCAGUUACGGUCUCUUAGACUUGCCCCAUCUCUCAGGGUUGUGAGGAUCGUGUUCCAUGGGGGAGGCAUGCGUGCAACCUUGAGCUCUUGGGAGGAAAAGUGGUAUGUAAAUACAAUAAAAAGGAACAAUCUGGAAGGAAGAAGAAUGAAGAGAGAGAGUGAAAGGACAGUGCAAGUCCCAUAAGCCAUGACAAGCGGCUUGGGCAGCCCCUGGGGAACAGCCUCCGAGGUGACCUCCUGGGGACAGGGGCUUGCACAACUUGGCUGUGGCUUGUUUUCUGAUCUGCUGCGGUUGUGGGCAUGGCCUGGACGCCUGCUUGGCAGCAGAGGCCACAGAACUGCAGCAGCCAGACAAUAAGUUGGUGGGGAGCACACACCCCCUCAAAUCUUGGGCCGGGCAAUCCGUCUAGCGCCAGUCCCCUCCCGUGAAACUGGGCACAUCUUCAGUCUGUUGAACUAUUACCUUAAUCUGCUGGCUUUUGCUCUGCCUUUGAUGGUGAGAUAAAAGGGUUGCAUCUACCAGCUUGUAAAGGCACAUCCAGAAUAUGUUCAGACAGCUUUUCAUUAACCUUCUCUUGGGCUAACUCCAGAAUUGGGGCCUGUUAAAUAACCCACUAGAAGGCAAAUUAGACAGUGCUUCCCUGAGUUCUGACUAGGCCUUCCACAGAACUGGCCUUCCCGUCCACUGCAAGAGCAAGACACUCUGGACUUGCGUGGUUGGUGGGAACAUGGGCCUUGCCAGGCUGCCUCAUCUUGUUUCGCUGGUCAAGGGUCUGGUCCCCAAGAGUGGCCAGUCGGAUGGCCCUGCAAAGCUCACUAACAGGGUGUGAGGCCCAUUUCCUAACAUCUAACUAACCCCUUUCCUCUACCUCCCAGGCCUUAUAGCUGACCCUAGGCAUGUAUAAUUGAAACCCUGUGCCUCUCCUUCCUCUGUUUUCUCCCCUCUGUCAAGUUUUAAAUGAUAAGCCCCUUGGGACAGGGACCUGUACUCUGUAAAGUGUCAUUCAUACUGAUGGCACCAUAUAAACAAACAAUCAGAGACUUUUAGAGUUGGAAGGGACCCCAAGGGUCAUCAAGUCUGACCCCCAUUUGCCGGACUCCAGUCUGCAGGAACCUCACCUGUUCUCCAACAAUUCCCGAAGAUUAUAGACAGAGGCUCUGAUAUUAUACCAGCAAGCUCCUUCACACCCUUGUGUGCAGCUCAUCAGGCCCUGGAGAUUUGAAUUAAUUCAAAAUAGCUAGGUCUUCCCUGACCACCUCUUUCCCUGUCUUAGGCAGCAGCUCCUCCUUGCGGCGUUUAUUCUGUUAUCACCAGGUUGGGCUCUGCUCUCGUUUCUGCGAAGACCCAGGCAAAGUAGGUGUUGAUCAGUUCUGCCUUUCCUCUGUCCCCAACAGUAUUCUCCAUCUUCUCCACACAGAGGACCUACUACUUGCUUGUUCUUCCUCUUGCUUUGAACAAAGCUGAAAAACCCCUUAUUAUUUUUAACCUCUCUCGCAGGACUGAGUGAUUUCUGAGCUUUAAACUGCCUGACCAGUGAGAACGGCUAAAUCGUAGGACAUCAUAGCAAAGCGGUUGACAACACAGUUUGCCCGCUGCUGCCUCUGCCCCCCAGUAGUCAAAGGCGCAACCUCUUCCUCCUGCCUCUGGAGGCGCCCCUUUGCUCUUGCAGCCCUGGGUCUCCCUGGCACUUUGCGUCUUCAGCCAGAGCAAAAGGCUGCAGCUUCUCAAGGCCCUUCUGCAUUCUCCAGAACCCUUUUCUGGAGGACUAAAACAUUAGAGACAUUAGUUACACGUAGGUAGCCAUGUUGGUCUGCCGCAAGUAUCUGAAGAAGUGCGCAUGCACACGGAAGCUCAUACCAAUAACAAACUUAGUUGGUCUCUAAUGUGCUACUGGAAGGGAUUUUUAUUUUGUUUCGAUUACAGACAUUGUUUAUCUAAGUUUUGCACAGAGUAGACUUACUGAAAGUAAUGGACCUACCUUAGUCACAUUCAUUAAUUUCAGUAGUCUGCUUUGGAGUAAAACUUUGUUGAUUACCACCCUAGUAUUAUAAGAAUGUUAUAUUAUUACUGUACCCUGGUAGCACAUUUCUAGUGUUCUCCUAGCCCUGUCCCACUUGUUUUUCUCCCCAUGCUUGCUCCCUUCCAUCCCAGGAGCAGCUGCUUCCAUGGUUCCAACUCAACCUUGUCCAGCCAUCCAGGAAGUGAAGUGCUCAGGUCCAGGCCUGGAGCUCCACCCUGCUGCCACGCUGCCCCCCUCCCUGCCCCCCCACCUGUGCCCUGGAGUCCUUCUUCGUGCUCAUUGGUUCGCCUGUCAGCUCAGCACCAGGUGCGCUGAGCAGGUGGUGACUGGGUCCCCUCCCUCCCUCCUGCUCCCCUCUUGUGCCUCUGACAUUCCACUUUCUCUCUCAGGCUGCUGCUCUCCUUGUGAGUUGGUGACUCUCAGGCUCCACUCUCAAUCAAGCUCCAAAGCCGCUCAGCCCACCUGCUGCUGCACUGGAGGAAGAGAUCUCUUUAUCGCCUCAUUUGACCAGAGUAAUAAAAGUCUUCCUUUUGGGAUGAUGUAGCAUUAACCCCCCCAUAGCUUUCUAGAUGGAAUGAAGGAUGUAUAAUUGAAGGGCAAGUCCCAGGCUGUAGCCAGCUGCUGGGGGGGGGGGUGUCUGCGAAGGCAGCCUGUGUUGCUCAUGCAAGAGCAGCCCAGGCUGGCCGCCAGCCCUUCUCUAAUGAAGCCACUUAGAAUGAGCCUAAUCUAGAGUCCCUGCCAAGAAUGCCACUCUCUUCCUCCCCUGUCCCUGCCAGGCUGCUCAGGGCAGCCCUGUGGGGCAGAUCUGCUCUGCCUCUGCUGCCCUCCCCUGGGGCUGCAGCCACCCCUUCUCUGCCAGUUUAAUCAGCCCUGGACAGAGUGACCCCCCCAUUUCACCUGCCUGCCCUUGCCCUGGGGGGAAUUGCCCUCCGGCCACUGGUGUUAAUGCAAAGGAGUGGGGGAUGUUCUCCUAUGUGUCUUGGGUGGGCCUGUCUUUGAACAUGGCCAGGAAACUCCAGCUGGUCCAAAACAGGCCAGCAGCAGCGUCUGGCUGACAGGGUCACACCAUGCUGCCUGCGCUGCUUUCCCAAGGUGUCCUUGCCAGUUAAUUUUUGCAUUUUUAGUGAUCUUUCACGGGGCAUAAAGACCACUUCUGGAAAUGUAGUGGAACUUUAGCACUCAAUUCAGGGCUAGUUUUUUCCAGAAAGAAACAAUCUGUUUGCAACCCUUUUAUUGAGUUAAUCCCGUUAUUGGGCCCGACUCAAAGUGCUGCUGUUACCCUUUAAGGCCCCCAAAGGCUUGAGGCUGGGGCAGCUGAAGGGUCAAGGCCCUUUUCUGGAUGCGGGGGAAGGAGAAGGUUCCUUGAGCGAGAUUCUCUUCAGUUUUGUGUCCCCCCAGCCAGGCUCUCCUGAGGCCCACGCUAUGGCCUUUUUCUGCACCAGCUAAAGACGUUUUCAUUUCCUCAGACAUGUCAUUCUCUUUAGCCUCUUCGGUACUCGUGAGAUCCCACAUCCUGAUAUUGCUCUCUCUGGCCGGCUUGGGGUUAGUUUACUUUUAGAUUUCACAUUUGAGUUUUAUUAUUUGGUAGUCUUUUCAUUUUUACUGUAAAUGGCAGAGAGCCUUUGUUAUUGGGCAAUGUAUCAGUAUUGCAGGGGAGUAAAUAAGCCUUAAGAAGAGAACUCAAGGGGCAGCAUGGGGCAAGGAAGGUGUGUUCAGUGCUCUUGAGCCUCAUGACCCCCCCCCCCCAGACGCCUCCCAGAGAUCCCUGUCAAGCUGGUGAGAAACUGGCUGGCUAGACAAGACUCUCUGAACACAGAGAUGAAGCAGAACCGACAGCCAGCUGCUCUCCACCUUGACUCACCUUGACUCCUGCUGCCAACCGGGGCUAGGCCUGCGGUGCCAGGAUACGGCUGCGGCAGCAGCCGGGAGGGCCUUGGAAUGUGACAGGGAUGCCCCACAUUCCCCGGAGUCUCCCUGGGGGCCUUGCCUCCCUAACAGGAGGAAGGUGGGCUGCCCUCUGUCCCUGAACAAGGAAGCCACCCCCCCUUUGGGGCACAGUCCUCUUUGUCCCCCACCAGCCUGCCUGCCUCCAGACCCAGAAUUGGCGUGGGCACAGGAAGAAGCCCUGGGAGCUUGAGGGAGGCAGGGAGGGGUGGGCAUGGCCGCAAUGGGCCGCUUUGCAUCUGCUGCCCUCUCCACCCCCUAUUUGUUGGUGAUGGGGGGUCUUUUCCCAGUGGGGGGGGAUGGUGGUGCUGGUGGGUGAGGAAAGCACAUUCAUUCUAGCUCUCCCCUCUUCAGAGGCAGCUGCAAGCUCUGUUUCCCUUGGACCACCAUGAGUUCUGGACCGCGAGGAGGCAGCAGAGAUGGUGCUGGCAAAGGCCUGGCUAGGGCCGCCUCUCACUCCUGGCAGCCCCCCUCACAUCCUGGUGGUGGAGGCCCACCCCUCCCACUGGGCCCACACCUGCCACAAGCUCUGCGAUGCCCUGGAAAACGUCUUCUCUCUGGCCUGCAGUCUGGCGGGUCCACCCCGCAUCCCUCUGCUCAGCCUCUACGUGGUCCAGAGCCAGCAGGAGUGCCUUCUGCCCUUUGUGGUGAGUGAGUGCUGCUGGGGGGCACAGUGAGCAGCUGGGGGGAGGCAUAUCUCUGAGGGGGCAUCUCUCUGCUGGUCUGUCCAUGCAGAGUCCUCGUCCUGCUCCUUGGCUUGCCAUCCCAGCACACGCCAGCCGAUUUAAAGAGCUCCAAAUGCCCACUUUCAAGGGCCAUGUGCCAUGGAGGGCUCCUUUGUGUUUUCUGGAGGGGUAAAAUGGAGCAGCUUCAGGCGGCAGCACUUCUGGGCAGAAGGGGCAGCUUGGAAGAAGCUCACCUCAGAAAUGGUGCCGCAGAGCUGGAAAAGGUCCAGGAAGGGGCAGCCAAAGCGAUCCAGGGAAUGGAGCGACUCCCCAAGAAGGAGCAAUGGCAGUGCUGGGGGGGGGGUUAAGUUACAGAAAAGGUGUGUAAAAAGUGACAGACUAGAAGUGUGUGCAAUGCUGCACUGCCUGCAGAAUGUGAGGAGCUUUUUCUCUCUCUCUCUCUCUCGUGAUGGCCAAUCCAGUGAUGCUGGAUGGUGGAAGGUUCAGGACAGAGAAAGAAAGUGCUUUUCCAUGCAAAGUGUCGUUAGACUAUGGAACUCCUUCCCACAGGAGGCACCAAUGGCUUUAAAAGCGGAUUAGACAUUUUCUCGUCCCGAGCAGACAAGGCAGUUGUCUCCUUGCAUGGUUCCUGCAGCAGACUCCCAGAGCGCCUCGGCUGGGCUGGGCUGGGCUGCAGCUCAUUCCUGGCCAAGCAUGUCUAGACUCGGGUGUCUCCUGCCCACAGAGGGGCUCAUUAACUCAGGCUAACUGGCAGCAAAACUGCGCUCAGCACCCUGGCUGUGUCUCUGCCUUGGCCCCCAGCCAUCGCCCCCAGGCCGGCCCCAGCAACAGCCCAAGCAGCUGCAUCUCGGGGGGGGGGGGCUUUCCAAUGCCCAAUGUGUCCCACUUCAUGCCCAUCCCAGAGACCAGGGGAGCAGGCAGAAGCUGUGGGCAGAGUGCAUGGCCAGGGUCUUCCUCCUGGGAAAGGAGACGAGAAGCAGCUAUUCCCCCCCCCCGCCCCAGGGGUGAGCACCCCUCACAGGGGAGGCAUUGGGCCCUUGCUGAGGCACAUCUCCUGCCCACUGUCGUUGCAGCCGGUGAGAGGGAGCUUCUCUCGGCUCCAGAGCUGCCUGGCGGAGCUGCGCGCCUUGCCCUCCGAGGGGGUCUUCCACCUCAAGGAGGACGCCAUAGUCCAGGCCGUGCAGGAUGGGCUCCAACCGGGCACGCCGGCCCCGGGGCAAGGCCUGGCGGGGGCCUCCCGGAGCAGCUCUUCCCUGGAGGUAAGAGGAGGCUACAGGGAGGGGCCCCCUGUGUCUGCUGCACACCAACUAGCAACUGCCCAAUUAGGGAGGAGGGUCGCUGUUUCUCUCCACUUCCAUCUCCCCAUCCCCUUCCAGCCCGGUUGGGGGUCUUCCACUGCAGGGGGUUAGAUUAGAUGAUCCUCGGUGUCCCUAGGAGAUUUCUGCCCAAACGCCUUUCCCCAAGCAGAAGCUGACUUUGAGGCGCUAAUAAUAAUAAUAGUAGUAGUAGUGGGCAGGAGCCUCUGGUGCCCUCCAGGACCACAUCCAUUCCUGAGUUGCCCCCUCUCUGCCUGCCUCUUCUGCAGCCUCUUCCAGCAAGACGAGGAGGCCUUGCAAACCCACCUCUGCCAUCCUGCAGGCAAUACACGGAGCUCUGCAAAGCAUCAGUUUGCAUGGAAAGAGCAAGUUGAUUCCUUGCACAGAAUCCAGCAUGACAGGGGCCAGAAUCUGGGGAGUGGCAGAUUCCCUCUCGUGUGUCCCACUACUGCCAGGGAUGUUCAUGGCAGAGGGGCACUAGGAAACCUGGGCAGAUGGUUGCUGACCCUGCCAUCUGUUGCUUCAAGAAGCUCAGGGCACAUGUCCAUCUAUCCCUCCCCAAAUUUAUCCACUCAGCAUCCUGGUGAGGUGCAUUGAACUGGACCAAGGUCACCCAGUGAGGUUCCUGGCUGAGCCGGGAUCUGAAGCGCCCCCACCCCACCCCUCUGGACUCCCCUCUGAGUCUCCGGCAGCCAUGGGCUUCUCUUCCAGAUGACCAUCCUGACUGGCCAGCCCAGCGCCAAGGUGGCCAGGCAGUUGGAGGCUGGGCUGCAGGGCAUUGACCUGGUCAACCUCCGCCAGCUGCAGGUGGUGGAGGUCUCCACAAGGGGGCUGCAGGAGGCGCCUGAGGCUGCAGCGGAGGACAGAGAGGGAGCCACCCCCAGCAGCAGCGGCAGCCGUGGGGGUAAGUGCCUCCCAACCUGUGGCAUUUCAAAUGAAGCUUCCAAGCGGCCCCUCGCCUCCCGCUGGGUGUGAUUAUCACUCCGAGAUGCUCCUCUGGUGUCUGCUCCAGAGCAAGCGCCAUUCAUGAAAGGGAACUUGGUGCUCAAGGCUUCUGCGCCUGAUUAGCGGUGAAUGGCUGGCAAAGUGCCCCUAAGUGCACAGGAAGUCAGUUUCUGUUCCCUGCAGGGCAAUGGGAAAGGUGGCGUUAAUUCCUUGGGUCCUCUCAUGGGUUUUACAUUUUCUUCUCUGGCUUUCACAGCACAUUAAAAUAAAAUAAAGACAAUGAAAGGAUGCCACUAAUUGAAGCCCACCCGACCAGGCGGGGAGGAGAAAUUGACAGAAGAGGCUUGCCAGAGAUCUGCACUGGGACCUCCCAGGCUGCUCAGUUGUAGCAGAGAGCAGCUGGAGAGGAACCAGCUGAAUCUGGCUGGAUUAGGAGGAACUUAGGUAAUUGCGCUUGAGUGUCACCUAAAAGGGUGACACUCAGGGCAGAGACGGGUUUCCCGGGGCAUCCAGGGCUGCUCUUUGCUGAGACUUAGACAGUCGGGAGAUCCAGUCGCAGAUCUUGGUGCUCAGUGAAUAAUUCAUGCCUCAUCCCAAGCUCUGCUGAGGAGGAAGCACUUAGAGGCGGAGGAAGCCGCUCGGCCCAAAGGGGAAACCUCUAAUUAAAGGCGCGAGAGCCCAGGAAAGCCUCUGCGGCACUUGGCCUGCCCCCUCUGGGCUGGCUGGCGCUGGCGCUGAAUUUUAAGUGGGGGGAAAUCACCACAAAUCAGAUCUUGGGGAAAAGGCAGGAGGAUGAGGCAGGAAACUCUGGCGCACAGCUGUGGGUUGGCACCAGCAGCGCCUGAAAGGGAGCCGGCAGGAGCCAGGGCAGCUCUUUCUGCCCUUUGCGCAACCAUCACACUGCCGGUUGCAAAGAGAUCCUGAGAGGGCCAUGGGCCAGACAGGCCCAGCAGAGGCGACGACUUGAUGUGGAGAGACAAAUGCACUCCCCACCCCAAGUCACCCUUUGGCCAGGCCGGCUGACAGAAGCCCUUCUCUGGGGAAAGCCAAAGAAACCGCUGGGGACUUCUUGCUUUCAGUCUCACCCCAGAUGCAGAAGGGAAAGCAGUGAAAGGGGCCCAGCCUUGGUGUGUGGCUGGGCUGUGCACUGGGUCUGCUUCCUCCCCUCUUGCUAGCUGCAGGGAGCCUUGAUCCGCCUGGGUCUCUUGAGGAUCUGGAGUGUGGCUCCCUGACGGGACUGGGGCAGAGCUCUGCUGGAUCAGAACCGAGGCCCAUCCAGUCUGCCCAGCCCCCAGUGCCCCACCCUGGCCCCCCAGAUGCCCCUGGGAAGCCCCACAAAGUUCAGAGGCAGACUACCCCUGGUGCUGGAGGCACCAAGUAGCAGAUUCCAGGCUAGGGCUCCUAGGAAGGGAAGGGAAAAGAGACCGUCAAUAUCAUAAUGCACAGCCGCAGGAACGCCUUGCUGCAGCCGCCAGGAUUUUUAGCAAUGGCCUUCUGCUGCCCCCUAGUGGGCACGGCCACCCUGUCUCUGCCCUCGCUUGGGCUGCGGGCUCUUCCCUUUGCAAGGCGGCUGCCCCCUGGCUGGGCGCUGGAGGGCUGUGUGCUCCCUGCCUCCUCAGUGGGGCUGCUGGGGAGGGACAGAUGGUGGCAUCUGUCGUUCUUAAUCCGGAGCCGCCUCCUUCUCAGGCGCAGAUUUUGGCCCCACCCCCUGCUGGCCUGAUCCCCCUGCUCAGCCCGGAUUAAGCCAGCCACCCUCCUUGAGCUGUGACUGGUCCUCUCUCUGUUGCUAACCAGGCAGGCAGGAUUCCCACUUCUCCCUUCUCACAGCCACCGACUUAGGGCUCUGCUUCCAGAGAGGGACAGGCUUCCUGUGGGGAGAGACCCAGCCCCUGCUGGGUGCCUGUUUCUGAGCAGCAGUGGCCGGAACCGUGGCCCUCAUGCUCUUGUAUUCCUGCAGCAGCGGCUGGUGGGCCUCCUGCCCCCAGUGCCCAGGGGUCUCUGCACUGGGGGCUGAGGUGGGACAAGGUCACCCUGGUCCCAGAGAUCACCAUCACCUCUGCUGGAGACUUUCCUCCUGCAAGGAGCUUCCCCAGCAGAGAUGCGAGUCCCAGGCAGGGUCUCUGCUGGACUUGAAAUUGUCUUUAGAUACACAGUGGUCUUAUGUGUUCUUCUUGCCAUGGGGAACCACUUCAAGGUGCUUCCUAAAUGUUUUGCAUCUGUGCUUGGCCUAUUCUGGGCAGUUCCUCUUGUCCGCCUCAGAAAAGAGAGUAGAGCUGCAAGAAGAGACAACAUUUGGCCCGGAAAAGGGCAGCCAACGUGAUCCAUGGGCUGGAGGGACCCUCCUAUGAGGAGAGGGCUCUGCUCUGCCUUUACCCGCGGGAGAUAGCCAGGCUUGUGAAUGCCAGAAAGCCCAGGAGAGCAGAGUCCUGCUCUUGCGCCCAGGUCCCUUGGGGCAUCCACUUGGCCCCUGCGAGAACAGGAUGCUGGAGUAGAUGGGCCACUGGCCUGAUCCAGCGGGUUCUUCUCAUGUUCAUAGGAGGAGACGGUACAGUAUUCAGGGCUUUUUGUUCAGAAAAAUAGUAAGGCUUUGGGGGAGGAGGGGGAUAUGGUAGCUUAUAGGAGGGUACCUGGUGUGGAGAAAGUGGAGCGAGAGCGUUUCACAAGGCUGGAAGCUGGAGGCUGGGAGGCUCAGGACACGCCACACAGAUUUGGCCCCCAGAAGAGGCAGAGACGGCAGCCACCAAGUGGGAUGACUUAGAAGAGAACUCAGGCAGCUCAUGGCCCUGGAGGAUGGGCCUUGGUUGGGUGGCACAGGAUGGGCUGGCCAGGCUGGCAGCUCCUGACCCUCCAGGAGCCCCAGACUUUGCUUAUGCAGCUGUGGGCAUCGGGGGGGGGGCGCUGCUCUAAGGGAGCUGUCUCUUUGUUCUGGGGGGUGGCAGGAACUUGUUGGGAUGCCCAGGCUGAGCCAUUGUGUGGUGGUGGGGGGGGAUACCCAGGCAUGUGCAGAUGGGGCUCCUUUCCUCUCCCUGCAGAGAGCGCUGUGACCCUGGGCGCAGUCCUUGACCUCCAGACUGUGGAGAAUGAUGUGGUGGCCCUGGAGACCUUCUUCAAGGGCUGGUUCCACGACCACAGCCCAGACCAGGAGCACCUCCACCUCCUCCUGCUCGCUGGAGCGCUCUGCCCCCCUACUGCAGCCCAGAGCUGCCCAGGUAAGUGUGAGCCAAUGGGAUUCCUGUGUUGCUUCUUCACCCAGACCGAAAGCUUCCUCUUCAGGGAGAUUCCCUGCUUCUGUGAGCCUGCUGACACCACACCCAGCACCUACCCUUUGAGACCCCUUGCUGUUGUGGGAGAGAGACGGGUGCCCUCCUCUCUUGCCUCCGCUGCUAAACAUCUCUAUCCCAUUCAGUGUUUGUCCAGUAUUCUAAACUCCCUUUACAUUUACAAAUGUUUUGGUUUUUUAAAUUGUUUCCCUGUGUGCAGUUGUUCUUGCUAUUUCCGUAUUUGUUUCAUAUAAAUUAUUGCAUAGUAAAUUGCUUUGGCACCCCUCACGGGAAGCCACUCAUAAAUGAAAUUAUUAUUUACACAAAUAAAUGCACACACGUACUAUAAUGACUGAUACAAUGAAAUGUUACAAGGAAGCUGACGUAAAAAAAGAAUCAAAAUUUAAAUAAACCAAAUGGUUUUGAAAAAAUAAAACCAUAUAUUUGAAUACAUAUCAAAUUUACAUACACGGGUAAGCUUACUGAAGCAAAUAAUAAUAAUAAUUAGGUCUCCAAAGUGCUGCAGCAAAAGUGCUAGCAUCGUUCCCAUCGGCACUGAGUUCCAGAGUGUUGGUGCUGUAGUCUGUGAGGGGAGAGUCCUUGGGGGCAUUAAAUGCCAAGAGUGGUGUCUUGAAUUUGGACGGGGCCUGGCGGUGGCUGUGCCCGAGGCCCCAGGCUGAGCUCCCCCCUUCCCCAUCCCCCGCCUGGAGCUGGACCAGGCCAGGGCAGCCUCUCCAAAGGGUUCCCAUGGGGUAGCGGGGUCUUCUGCCCUGGACAUCAGCCCAAAGACACAAACCUGACCUCUCCAGUCCUUGGCACAGCCCUCGCCCUCUGCCCUGAGAUUCAUCCUGGGCAGGCAGUGCUGCCCGCUCUGGCUGGCAGUGGCUCUGGGUCCCCAGCUGCCAUGGCUUGGCAGAAGCAUGCCCUGCGCCCCUUAGCCCUGCUGCCUUCUGCCCUUGCAGUGUGCGUGAAAUGCGAUGCCCAGGAGAGGCUCCUCAGCCCUGCUCUGCUUACUUCCGCCUGCGGAGAUGGCCCCACCGCACAAUGGGAGGAUGCCAGUGGCCCCUUCUGGAUGGCAGCUGGCCCAGGCCUGGUGCCACGCAAGCUCCGCAUCCUCAGGUACCUGCCCAGGAGCCAUCCAAGCGGGGCGGGGGGGAGACACACUGGGAGCGCCCCCAAGGGCCCCUUUGAGAAGAGGGCCAGCCUGCCAUGCCCCUCAGCCCUUCCCCGGUUCCCAGAUUCCAAUGGAAAAAUCGUGUUGUGGCCACAUCAGCUGCCCUGGGAGCCGUGUCCCAUGUUCAAGAGGUGUGACUGCAGCGAGAAGCACUCUGUCCAUGCUUAGAUGCACUCUUAACACAAAAAGGGGCUCUUGUUAAAACUCAGGAAAUCUGGCUUUGGCCACCCACUCACUGGGCUACAGGACCUUUUGGCCAAAGGGCCCCUCAAGCGGCACCUGGGGGAGGAGCUCCAUGGGGGGGGCAGCUGCUGUGCUGGAGCCAGUGUGCUUCUCUGCCGCUGUCCUUCCCCCCUGCGCUUCCUGUUCUGGGCCGGCUGCUCCCUUCCCCUGAACCUGCUCUGGCUUGCCUGGCUCAGGGGCGCUUGAGGAGGGUGGGGAGGACAAGCAGCAGCCCCCACUGGCUUCCACAAUUGCAGACAGCCUGGGGGCAGGAUCCUCCUCCCUUGGGAGAGCCUGAGGCAGAAGACACAACACAAAGCCUGAAAAAUAGCAACAAAGAAAUGGCUGCUUGGAGGAAGCCCAGCAAGGCUGUUCCUGACUGAAUGAAGGAGACCCCAACUCACCCACCCACCCACCCACUUCCUGUUUUGCCUUUUUAAAUGCAGCAGAGCGAGGAGUUCAGCAGCCUCUUCCCUGCUCCCCACUUCCCAUCUGCAUGGGGGGCCAAGUGCCCCCACCAGUGUGGACAAACUGUGUCAUGAAGUGCAGCCACAGAUCGCGAGGCUCUGGCAGGCCAGGAAGCAGGAGCACCUUAACAGCUCUCCCUCUCCACCCCCCUCCCCCCGGGCAUGGGCAGGUGGACAAAGGGGGCAGAGGAGUGGGUGUCAUAGAAGACCUUGGAGCCACACUGGGCAAGUCACAGGCCUAUCAAGCGGAUAUAACCCCAGUUGGUGGCAAGAUGUGCAUUGCGGGGUGGGAGGGAGUGCACUGCUUGCAAAAGUGCCAUGGCAGGGCAGAGGCUGGUUGGCGCUCUGCUUGGGGACAGCCACACCCCCCCACUCCACCCCCACCAGCUCAGCACAGAGCCCCCCAAGGGAGCUGCCAGGCAGGCAAGUAGCUGACCGGCACACAAACAGCAGACCAGCUUCCCCUUCUUGGCUGUUCUGGCAGUUGCUGACAGCCAGGCUGCUGCAGGUUCCCCUGUGGCGCAGGACAUCCUGCCAGGACAUGCAGACUGCUUUGCAGAAAUGGUCUCUCUGAGAACCCCUCUCCCUCCCAAGUCUUCUUGUGAGACGAACCAGAGAGCCUGCGGGUCCAGCCACUGGCUUCUCCAGCCCAGAAUCCUGAUGCCCCAAAGGGAUCCAAGGGCAACUCCCCUCCUGGGGCUUCCAGCCCCUGGGAAUCAGAAGCACGGCUGCCUGGGGCCCCGGAGGCAGACCAGAGCCCUUGGGCCCAGGACUAGGCUCAUCCUCUUGGUUAGCCUUCCAAGCUGGUGGCCAUCCCUGCCUCCUGAGGGAGGGAGUUCCACUGGUGAACUCUGCUCUGCAUGAAGAAGUUCCUUUUAUCUGUCCAGAGUCUUCCAACGUUCAGCUUUCUGCCAUGUCCACCAGCUCCAUGGUUUUCAGAGAGGAAAUCUUUCCUCCAUCCACUCUCUCCAUGCCAAGCAUUGCUUUAUAAACUUUGAUGCUGUCUAAAACUUGCCUUUUCUGCAAACUAAAAAGCUGCAGAUGCGGCAACCUUCCUCCACUGGGGAGUCACUUGCCCCUAGAUCAUUCCCAGUCCUGGGGGGCCCUGGGUGCUGCCUGGGAGCCGGAGGCAGGCUCUGCCCCCCAACCAAGGCCCUGCCCCCCGUCUCUUGCAGGGCCCUGGAGGCCAAAGGCCUGUGCACCUCGCUGCUCUAUGGGCUGCCUCUGGUCAUCCGGCCCACAAGCUGCUGGCGGAUGAACUGGGAUGAACUGGAGGCCAACCAGCAGCUCUUCCGGGCCCUCUGCCACUGUCUGUGGGUGAGUUGGGGUGGAGGGUGCAGAGUCGCAAGGCACUGAGUUAUGGGGGGGGGAGGUUCCACGCCUGCAGGGCUAAGCCAGUGACCCCCGCCAUGUGAUGGUGCCUGCCUUCAGGAGAGGGCACCCCCCUUCUCCCUGGCACAGGGUCCCUGGGAAAGAGGAAGGAGAACCACACAUCCCCCCGGGAGGGGGGUGCUGAGACUGUAAUUUCCUCUUUCAGAAGCGAAACUGGCUGCUGCUGGCCAAAUAUGAGACCCCACCAGGGGCCCCCGGUCCUGGCUGUGGUCCCCCCUGGCCGAGCCCCCUCCAGGUCCUCCUGCCCUCCGAAGGGGCCGCCUCGCUGCUGCUCUGCUCCCUGGUGGGCCGGGAGCUCCUCCUGCCCUGCAGCUUCCCUCUCCUGCCAGCAGAGCCUCCCCAGGACACUCUCAGCCAAAUGGAGGCAAGUAGCGGGGGGGGGGGGGCAGGGAGCCAGGCAGCACACCCCACCAACAACCCCAGCAGGCAGGGACUGGCCCACCAGAGAGAAAACAUGAGGAAGGGGGGUGGUCCCGGGAGAGGGUCCCAGGGGCUGCACCCUUGUGGUCCCACCCUCAGGCUCUGCCUGCUUUCAACCCUCCUGCCCUGAGGGUGUGGAGAUACAGGGCUUGCACCUCAUCCUUGCUGGGAGGGGGCUUUGGCGGGUGGGUGGCAGGAGGGGCCUGGCUGGGCGCCAGCGGCUUGGGAUGCUCCCUCUGAUUCCAUGAUGAAACAACCUUUUCCCGCUGGCUCCUUCCCUGCAGAACCUCCUGGACGGCCUGGACCUGGAGCCGGCCUACAGUCCCCUGAGUGGGGGGGCCCCCCUGUACCAAGCCCUGAGGAGCAGCCUGGGGCGCCCACCACCCUCCCGGCCCGAGCGCAAGGCAGAUCGGCACCUGCCCCGUCAGGUAGGUACGGCAGGCACCCUCACCCCACGGACGGGGCUGCAAAGGGCCACCCCAGUGGCUCUUGGGGGGCGGAGGUCCACCCCACUUGUGCCAAACCGCUUGAGAUGCAAAGGGAACCGGUGCCCCCCAGGAGUGGCAAGGGGGACCCAGCCUUCGCCUGGGGGUCACGCUGCCUCUUCCACCUCCUCCUUCUGCCCACAGCAGGGCACCCGCCCCCACCUGGGCAAGGCCAGGGCCAUGGUGGCCCCCCCUGCGCAUGGCACCCGCUGCCCCCCGCCCACCCGCCUUCUCCCUGUUCUCCGGAGACGAAGAAGAGUUCCUGGACGCCAUGUGACACCGCAGGGGCCACUCCCUUUGCCCCAUGGAGGCCCCGCUGAGCCAGAGCUCCCACAAAAAGAGGAGCCCAACCCAGACAGGCACCCCAUGACAAGGACCCUGUUGAGCACCUGA